AUGUACGCUGAUGACAUUAAGAUUUACGGCAUAUAUGAUGACGAGAACUACCUCGAAGUACGCACUGCACUUCAGACAUCACUGGCAAAAAUGUUGGGCUGGGCUUCCAAAUGGGAUCUGCGCAUUAACUACGACAAGUCUCUGGUUAUGCAUGUAGGUGUAAAAGACAAAGAAUGCAGAACGAAGCUUCACCAAAGUGGGUCUAUUCAUGUUGAAGUACGGACCAGGAGAAAGCUCAGAUCCACGACAAGAUCCACGUACAACUCUGUAUGGGUCGCCCGCAGCACUAGUGAUUUCAACAAGAAAAAGCGACAGAGAAGGAAAUUCCGUCAACUGCAACAAGACCGCGAUAAGAAGUUGACGUCAAGAUGGAAGGAUCAUGAAAAGGCGUGGGAGGACAAGAAUCCGCGGCAAGGCUAUGCUUCAUUAGAGCAGUAUAGCGGUAAAAUGAAAAGACGUUCUCAAGUACUCAACACAACCAAUGAAGUGGCUGUCGGUGAACCAACUCUUCCAAUUAGGAAGAAUCACUUCAAGACCUUGCAAGCGCCGUCAGUUUCCCGAACUCGAUACGUUGAUAGACGGACAUAUGCGGUUAACGAGGAACCAUCGACCGAGUCGGAGAUUCUGGUCUGUAUCCGGAGGACGAAAAAUGGAGAAUCUGGUGGAGACGACGGGAGUAGCGCAGAAAUGCUGAAAUAUCUUCCUCCGUCUGGGUGGAGUAUCAUGUGCCGAUUUAUUAAACAUCGCAAGGAAGCAACGCGCGACGAGCAAGCUGGCUUUCGUCCUGGCCGUUUUACGAUUGACCAGGUGUUCAUCGUCAGGAGAGUGAUCAAAAUCUGGCAGCGGUAUUCGAAGCCAAUGCAAUUAAUGUUUCUGGACUCUGAAGCAGCUUUCGACUCUCCUCAUCGAGGCCCUCUUUUCAACGCUCUUCGCGCCGAUGGAGUGCCAGAAAAGUUGGUUAGCUUGUUUGAUGACAUGAAUCAACGAAGAACUGCUGCAUUUCGAACACCAGCCGGAUGUACAACACCGCUUGAGGUGAUAGCACCAUCAGGACGCCCCUUGACCAAUCUCGCGUACGCUGACGAUGUUGUUACAUUCGCAGAAAGCAGUACAAAACUUCAAAAUGUUGUCGACCUUGUAUCGAAGCUGGCUGGACUACGUCUGCCUGCUGAUAGAAGCAGCAGAAGUGGAUCUCUUUGA